AGCCUGCUUUUCAUUGAGACCCAACAGACACAAAUUCUGAGAUUGGGGCGUUGGAUUUUGUUCUGUUGGUAUGGUUCAGUGACGUUGAUAACUUUUCACAAUAACUGCUACCUCCCUCAGUACUAUGCGUUGGCAUGUACAUGUACAUUGUGGUGGGUGUGGAGAAUUUACCAGAGAACACAGGAAUUUGGAUUUCACACUUCAUCAGUUAAUGAACAGGCAGUUCAGCUGUGUACACAUGUACAUGUACAUCACACAGAUGGCCCAGCGGUGUGUUCUUGGAUGUUAACAUUGGCUAGAACAAGACCGGAAGUGUGAGACAGCAGAUGCUCUGUGUCCUGAGAUGCAUGUACAUGUACAGGUAUACAUGUACAUGUACUCUUUUGACUUAGAGUGCUUGUUAUGAUCUUUAGCAAAGAAAGAUCUGCGAAACCAAGAAAAACACAUCAUACCGGUGCAAGGUUCCUGUCGCAUAAAGUUGCAGUUGGAUGGAAAUGGCUAUAAAAGCAUCUACACUCAUCAUGCUCCAUGAUAAGAUGCAAUAUUCAUCAUCAAGUAAUUUCUACAGUGAAUUUCAGUGAAUAAUCCUUGUUCAUGUGGUACAAUUUGUCCUUGCAAAAGAAACAUUGUUGUAUGACCUCAGUCUUGGAAUGGUUGGAUAUUGUGGAUCAGUGUUACUGUUGGAUCCUUGAGGUGAACAAGUGAUUACCUACAGUUGUCCAAGGUUGGAAGCAAAUAGAUUCCAGUACUCCAUUAGGCAGGGUGUGGAUCAGUGAAGACACAACUUGCUUUCAUCGUUUGGUGUGGCCAACAUGCCGAUCCCAGUUGGAGCAAGAAACCACUACAGAGACCAACCUGUUAAUCCUAAUGGUGCUGCAUACAAUGGCAUGAACGGAAUGGAAAGACAGAGCAUUAGUAAUGGUUACGGACCCGGACAAUCCCUCUACAGAAACUCAAAUGGUCCUGGCCGAUCUAGUGGUCAGUACAGCUCAGGGUAUGGUGACCCACGGGAUGACCCCAGGAUAGCUGGCCACAGACCCUCCCAGGCAGAACCACAGAGACCCAUACAACAAGAACCCAAUCAUCCCAUCUACAGAAACCCACUAGUUAGGAGGUCAGUGGAGGAGAGACCAGAGCCACAAAGGGAGCUACACAGGGAAGGGAGCAGGGAGGGACAGAGAGACAGGGACAGAGUGCAGUCCCAACCCCUCAUGGAAGCUGAACGGAACCCACAGAUAGAUGUCUAUGUGCAGCAAGGACGCUUCCCAAUUGAGCAUUUGUGCACAGUCACUAUGGAUCGUAAGGAAGGCCUGAUUUCUGUGGAGGAUGUAAUCCGAAAGGUGCAGAAGCUGGAUGCCAAGGGACAGAUCUGGUCGCAGUUUGUGGAGCUCACCAUUGCAGACAGGGAUGUCAAAUUCAUUGAUGCUGCAACAAGGGGAGAGUUGGAGGUUUUCCCCAUGAAUGAUGUCAGUCUGGUCUCAGCUGAGUUGAACCAGUGUAACUAUGAUAGUCUGCUGAUUAUUCAGAUCAAGUUCAGCGGUGAAAAGCACCCACAGAGUUAUGUCUUUCAGUGUGACCAGGUCCCGGCUGAGGUCAUUGCUAAGGAGCUUCAGAAGAACAUUGACUAUGCUCAUGGUAGACGAAAGAGGACAACAAGACCAGAGACACGACCUGAUCACAGACAUGCCUCCAACUAUCAAGAUCGUCAGAUGUAUAUCCCACCCCCACCAGAUGAGCCAGCUCCACUCCCGCCCACAGAGGGGAAUGUGCGUAAUAAGGUGGCAGCCUUUGCAGCUGCUGCAGCUAUGGCUCAGGCAAGUGGAAAUAACGUUAAUAGGGGCUUCCAGUAUCCCAAGUCUACACCAAUGCGCAACUCAGAGAGCGACGAACCCUUGGAGCUGAUUGCCAUGAGGACCGAGAGGGAUGUGGAAAUUCUGAACCACUGUUUUGAUGAGAUAGAGGCCUUCAUUGGCCUACUGCAGAAAGCUGCUGAGGCCUAUACAGAGCUGGUGCGUCGCCGUAAAGCACGCAAGAGCAAAAAACGAGAACCUGGGGAUGGUUUGCUACUGGCUCGCUCUCGCCCACCACCAGAAUCUGAGUACAUCGAGUGCUUCAAAAAGUUCAAAUAUUGCUUCAAUUUGCUGGCCAGGCUUAAGAACCACAUCCACGACCCCAAUGCACCCGAGUUGAUCCACUUCCUCAUGGUGCCCCUGGAGCUGAUCAUCAAGAGUUGCCAGGGCACUGACCUGGCUGCCAACAUUGUCUCUCCUCUCUUGACCCCUCAGUCUGUUGACCUCUUGACUAACUGCUUGACCUCUCGUGAGACUGACUUAUGGAAAUCAUUGGGUCGGGCUUGGAAUGUGCCCUCGACAGAGUGGCCUAAAGAGCGACCGGUUCCCCGCUACACACCAUAUUUCCAUGAUGGCUGGUCACCACCACCACUGCCUGAUCAUCCGAGCCUGGAAGUCAAUGCUGCAGUUGCUGCCAGUGCAGCUGCUGUUGCCCGUGGUGAACACAGGGACCGUGUUCCAAGUGGGUCUGAUUAUUCAGAUGGCGUUUACAAUGGUAACAAGCGCAACAGCAACAGUAGCAGUGUGUCAGAUCAGCUACGUCCAAGCACCUCAAGGAGUCAAGACAAUCCACCUGUAGUCUUUCCCAAACCCCAAGUCAACACUCCCCUUCCCCCAGGGGUCAAGGGCUUUGUCAAACCUCUCUUUGACUUUGUGGCUCGCAAUGUUAAGGAAUUGACCAUCAUGUCGGGUGAAAAACUAGAGCUCUUGGAGGAUAAUCGGAAGUGGUGGAAGGUGCGUAACUCAUCUGGUCAGUAUGGUUAUGUGCCCUCUACCAUCCUGACUGCCAUCACCCCAAACCAACAACAGCAACAGCAGCAGCAGCAACAGCCGGCCCGUAAUCCAAACUUCAACUCAAACCACCAUGCCCCUUCUCCUCAGUCCCCACCCACACCCCCGCUCCUGGGUGCCUCUACUUCCUUUGACCAAUCUUUCAACAGCAGCAACUCCAUGCAACAGAGGGCAUUGAACCAGGCUCCGCCCCCGCCCCCUCCUCCCCCAGGACCUGCUCCAGCACCUGUUCCACUGAGAGAGAACAACAGCCUUGAUUUUGCCACUCAGCUGAAGAACACACUCCGUAAGAAGGAGCUGCAGAGGAGAGGAGUUAAUGUUGAAGAUUUAAUCCCCAACCGUGCAGAGAAGACACACACGGACCUGCAUGAGGAGCUGAUGAAACGUGUCAACCAGGGCCCUCCCAGGAACUUCAACGUUCGACGCAGCACAGGAGCCAGUGUCAAUAUCAACUAUGUGUCCUCUGCAGACGAUGUCACUAAGUGGCUACAAAGCAAAGGCUUCAGCAAACUGACUGUGGACAGUUUGGGGGUACUGACAGGUGCUCAGUUGUUUAGUUUGACCAAGGAGGAGUUACGUCAGGUGUGCUUUGAUGAUGCCAAUCGUGUCUACAGCCAGCUGAUGGUGCAGAAAUCAGGCCUAGAGGACCAAUCCAACACAUCCUCUGAACUCAAGGCUAUUAUGCAUCGAAGGAAAGUUCAGUCAGACUCUGAUAAUUCCAACGAGCAGGAAAACUCACCGUUCAACUCGCCCCCACCUGAUUUCAGUCCUGCUGCCCCACCUGACUCGUCAGUCUUUUGGUAGGUACACUACUCCACAAGUGGGCACUUCCAGUGGGGGCUUGUCUACAGACAUCCUUUACUGAUUUGCUGAUUUGCAUGCAGCUAGUUUUCGUCAUGCUUUGCUCUUUGGAAUGAAAAUGGCUACCAUCCAUGCAGAUAAAUAAUAUGCAUUCUCAAUUGAUUUAAAAGUGAUCAUGCCAUUUGCAUGCUGCUAUAGUCACCCAUUUAAGUGUUGAUAACUGUGAUUAAGUUGUUAUAUAGGGGUGGUUUUAUUCUGGUAAAGGGCUUUAAUGUACACCUUUGUAUUCAGUUAGCAACAGGCCAGAUUUUGUACUAAACUGUUCAUAACAAGAGAAGAAUGCUUGAAACUGUAUCUUUUUCUUUGUUUUUUAAGCCACAAUGUAGCAUUCAUGUUAUUUAGUUUGUUUUGGUUUCUGUGUGUCCAUGUAUGUUCAUCCUGUUAUCAGAUUUUGUAUUCAUGCAUGGCAUGUGGUGACAUCCUACCAGUAUGUUGAACGUUGACAUUUAAGAGUAAAUUUUAGAACGCAACUUAGAACACUGCAAGUCCACUUUCAUUGGAAAUGUCACUUCUUGCAGCUAAACUUUACUUGUGGAGCAAUUUGUCAAAAUUCAAUGCAUGAUAUUUAAACUGCCUCCUCCACCAUCCCUUUGGAACUUAGGUCUUUUAUGAUAACACAAAAACACCGUUGUGAAGAAUUCAGUUGUAAAACCAGGCCUACCAAAUGUACUUGAAUUCAGUACUGCAGAAUUGAUGAUACUGUUUUCAAAAUUACAUCAUCGAGUAUUACAUUGUACUUUGAAGAUUUAUCCCCUACUUCCUAGUAUUUGGUAAAAUCCUGUUCAUGUGUACAUGUACAAAUAAUUGAGUAGAAUGGUGCAGGCAAAACAUGGGUAUAUAAAGAAAUUUAGUCUAACCUAUAUAUUUGACAAUAAAUGAAUAUGUGUAUUUUUAUUUACAUCUCUUUUUCCCAAAAUGAGUAUCAGUAAGACUUACCGUUCAUUUUUUUUCUAAAGUAUUUUUCAAUAUUUAUGAGUAAUCGUUUUUUAAACAGUUGUGACAAAAGUUGGGAAAAAGUGUUUUUCAAUAUGAAGAAUCAUGCAAAUGACCAUUGAAACAGAUUUUGUAAAUACUCAAAAAUAGGUCCUCUUGCGGCAUAUAUGUUCAUAAAAUCGUACAUAUUCAUUUACAUGCAAAUUAUUGUCAAGUAUUAUGCAUGUCAUUGACAUUUACAGAUAUUAUUUUUAUGUUAAUGUAACCUUUCUAAUAGCGCAUGUAUCAUUGGGUAGUCAUUGCAGUUGGGUCUUUUGUAGGGCAAAAUUGACAGCUUGCUACACUACUAACCUCGAUUUGUUUCUGUAGGCACCUUACAAUAGACAUGUAUAUUUGGUGCACAUACAUGUAAUGUACACUUUUUUUUUCCUAUUCAACAUAACCACAUGUUAAUUUUGUUUAUACGUUCAUUUGCAUCUUCAUUGGAGAGUUAAUGUUAAUGCUGAAAACUUCAUUAGUAGCAUGCGUUCCUUGCCCUUGGUUUAAGUCCUCAUUUCUAUUUUGAAGAGGACACAACUGGGGUUGCUUUCCAGUGGUACAGACAUUGGAUUGGAACGGAUUGUCAAGACUUCUGCUUCAGGCAAAUACUGCCUUGUGGUUCAUGCAGAUAAACACAGAACAGUAAUUUUCCAAAGCUCUUUUAGCCAACUGUAAGAAAGCAGUGGUCUCAAUUGUGUGUAUUCUUAACUUUUGACUAUGUUCACAAAGAAAGUGAGUGGUGAAUGACAUUAAUUACAUUAGCCUGGUUUCAGUCCAAGUAGUCUGUGAGACUUACUGACAAGCUAAAACACAUCAUCCUUACCUCGGCUUCUGUAACCUUUUACCUGUUCCUGUGACCAGCAAGGAGUUGUUAUUCAUCAGUGAAAUUUAAGCGACAUUGGACAAGAAGAGGAGUUAAUUAGGGAAUACUCAUUAGCAUAAGUGCCUGUUAAUUAUAUGUAAAUAUUCAUAAGCUAUAUAUUGAUUGAGGUUAGACUGGAUACUGUCAUAUAGUUUCACACUACAAUGCAUUAAAAGAUCUAAAAUGAAGUAGCCAUUAAUGACUACAUCUUGUAUGAACCAGUGUAGGAAGUAUAUAACGAAGGGCAUGGUCAUGCUGUGGUCAAGUUCAUUAUCAUGUAGGCCUAAUGUUAUGAAAGACUGUAAUCUGACAUUUUGUACUUCUGCACACUGGAACUAACUUAAGGUGCCAGCUAACGAAUAGUAUGUGCAUACGUCCUUACUUUAUUGUUUUAGUGCGAGAAAGCUUUCCAUUGAAAGUCACUAUUUGUAAUCAACAUUUUGGUGUAGAAAAUUGGAAUACUUAUGCCGAAAUAUAUUAGAUACAUGUAUGUGAUUCUUGCUAUAAAAUUAUGAUUGCACUGUACUAAUCUAUGCAUUUUUAUUUUUUGGAAAAGAAUUUUAAAAUAAAUUAUAUAAUAUUUGUGUAUAAAAUGAAAAAUGGUAGUGUUGAAUUGUUAUUUUUGUAAUAAUUGUUGACAUCAUGCUAAGUCAACACUGUAAGAAAGUCGGAAGUCUUGGGUACAUGUAGGUGUCUCACAGUGGCUCAAGUUUCAUGGCGCUGCUGGCAAAAAUUGCUUGGCAAAUUCCUGCAUUGAGUGAACACCAGCUGAAAGCCAGCCACAGGAGACUUGCAUGUGCACUGACCCAUAAUAUGUUGUUACUUGGCAAAUAUUUCCAUUCCAUAAGUACUAGCUGUGCUUACUGCUUAGUUGCUCCAUGGCAUUGGCUCCUGACAUCAAUUAGUGAAGCUGCCAUGCAGACAACAUUGCUCAGCCAGUCACAGGGAAUAUUUGACAUUCUAUAGACUGUGUAACCUUUGACCUUUAAUUGGCUGUAACAUUUGACAUUCUCAAAGCAAGACUAGUCAAUGCUUAUCUAUUUUGUUGGCCUAGUUGUUCCAUGAAGUUAGCUGCCAAUUUGUGGAAAGACUUUACAAGUGAGACUAAAUGAGUGAUUGGGAGGCAAACUCUGUUGGCGUUACCUCUCUCGUUUACACUGAGAGGUUUUUUCAAAGCAGGUGUGCGUUACCAGUCCCAAAAUAAUCCACUGAAGAUGAGAGCAAAAUUUUUAAAAUAAACAUUGUCAUUUGCAUAUGUUAGCCUUUCUCAGUGUACAAACAAGGAUUUUAAUUACUAUAUUGUGUAUUCCUGAUGACCAGCCUUUCCUUACUCUCCAUGCUUGUCAUUGUUUGGGUCUGAUGUUCAGACAGUAAUUCAAAUUCUGCUGUAAAGUGAAUGAGAUUGAAGGAAAGCAAAUCAGUAGAGAGUGAAGUCUACAGCCACACUGUGUUUGGAUUGUAUUGUAAACUGGGGGCAAACUCUGUAAUGCACAUCUUGUAGCGUAGCUUAAAUACAAUUACCCUUUGACCUCAUUCUGAAUAUUAAGAACUAUACAUGUAUGUUGAAAGGGGUGAUGGUAUUAAAAUAAAUGGUGUAUUCUCUUCUGAAUAUCUGACCUGUUUUAAUCAAUACAUUUUUAUAUUUUUAGCUCAUUAUUCAAUCAUCAGUAUAACAGUGUAUUCCAGGUGUCAAUAAAGAAAUAGUGUUUAUAAACAAUUGACAUUAAAGUUUGAAUUAAUAUUUU